AUGCCCCCUGUUAUCAAAAACGUAGCCAUUGCCGGAGCUACCAGCACUACCGGCGCACCCAUCUUUAACGCCCUCAUCGCUACCAACAUUUUUCAUUUGACCGUCCUGACCCGCAAGGGCUCUAAACACAUAUUUCCAAAUGGGGUUGCUGUCAAGCACGUCGACUAUUCAUCCGUGCCUGAACUCACGGAAGCUCUUAAGGGCCAAGAUGCACUUAUCAAUACCACAAACAUUGUCGAAAGCAUCCCCCAGAUCAAUCUCAUUGAUGCAGCUGUCGCGGCCGGUGUCUAUCGCUAUCUGCCCUCCGAAUACGGGCUGAACAACAACAAGCCAGAGAUCGGGGAGUUGCCCAUCUUCAAGGCUGCCUCGGAAGGUUUAAAGCACAUGCGAGAGAAGUGCGCCGCCUCUGGUGGUGCCACGACGUAUACGGACGUACACAACGGCGGCCUCCUGGACUGGGGUUUCGAGACGGGAUUCACGGGCAUCCUUCUACACCAGCGUGUCAUAACACUGUAUGACGAAGGCUGCAACGAGAUCGCCUACACGACCCGUGAAUGGCUCGGCAAGGCCAUUGUCCGUGUGCUAACGCAUCCUGAAGAGACGGCCAAUAGACCGGUAUACAUUGCAAACACGUACGCGAACCAGAAGAAGUUAUUUGCCUUAUCACAGGAAGUGGUGGGUGACCAAGGCUGGACUGUCAAGCAUCUGAAUACGGACGUAAUGUUCGCAGAGUCGAUGACGAAGCUCAAAUCAGGCGACAUCGGAAUGGAAAGCCUCCUAGACUUUAUCCAUGUUGCGGACAAUAAUCCCAAGUACGAAACAAGGUGGGAGAAGGAUGACAACGAGUUGCUUAGUAUCCCCAGGUUCUCCGAUGAGGAUAUCAGGGCCGUCAUAAAACGGCUGGUUUAG